AGGCAUGUGUCUUAUAAGCAGUAUACAGCAGAAUUUUAAGCCAGUCUGAGUCUCUGUUUUUCAGUAGAAAUUGCAAGCAUUAUUUUGACUGCUACGUGCUAUCAAAUGCUCAGUUGGUGAAAUUGAAGGUCUUUCACUCAGAAGAGAAAAACCAGGAAAGAAGUGCAGAGAUGAAGAAACUGAGGCUUCCAGAGAGAAAUAACAUGCCCUGAGCUUGCCCUGGUUGGUAAAGAACAGAGUUGGAUUUGGACUCUAGUCUUCACCUUUGGAGCCACCUGUGUUGUGGGUUUCUCUGGGAACUGGCUGGAACCCGAGGCUUGCAUGCUUCUGAGCUUCUGUGAAUGGCCCCGGCACUCCUGACCACUCUUCCGGCUAGGAUGUCGCUCAGAUCCCUGAAAUGGAGCCUCCUCCUGCUGUCGCUGCUGAGUUUCCUGGUGAUGUGGUACCUCAGUCUGCCGCACUACAAUGUGAUAGAACGUGUGAACUGGAUGUACUUCUACGAGUAUGAGCCCAUUUACAGACAAGACUUCCGCUUCACGCUGCGAGAGCAUUCAAAUUGCUCUCAUCAGAACCCAUUUCUCGUCAUCCUGGUGACCUCACACCCCUCAGACGUGAAAGCCAGGCAGGCCAUUAGGGUUACCUGGGGUGAAAAGAAGUCUUGGUGGGGCUAUGAAGUUCUUACGUUUUUCUUAUUAGGCCAACAGGCUGAAAAGGAAGACAAAGGGUUAGCUUUAUCCUUAGAGGAUGAACACCUCCUUUAUGGGGACAUAAUACGACAGGAUUUUUUAGACACAUACAAUAAUCUGACCUUGAAAACCAUAAUGGCAUUUAGGUGGGUAACUGAGUUUUGCCCCAACGCCAGGUAUAUCAUGAAGACAGACACUGAUGUUUUCGUCAAUACUGGCAAUUUAGUGAAGUAUCUUUUAAAUUUAAACCACUCAGAGAAGUUUUUCACAGGUUAUCCUCUAAUUGAUAAUUAUUCCUAUAGAGGAUUUUACCAAAAAACCCAUAUUUCAUACCAGGAAUAUCCCUUCAAGGUGUUCCCGCCUUACUGCAGUGGGUUGGGUUAUAUAAUGUCCAGAGAUUUGGUGCCGAGAAUCUAUGAAAUGAUGAGUCACGUAAAACCCAUCAAGUUUGAAGAUGUUUAUGUUGGGAUCUGUUUGAAUUUAUUAAAAGUGGACAUUCAUAUUCCAGAAGACACCAACCUUUUCUUUUUAUAUAGGAUCCACUUGGAUGUCUGUCAGCUCAGACGUGUGAUUGCAGCCCAUGGCUUUUCUUCCAAGGAAAUCAUCACAUUUUGGCAGGUUAUGCUAAGGAACACCACGUGUCAUUAUUAAUUUGACAUUCUACCCAAGCCUAGAGAAGGGAGGGAUACUUUGUAGAAAGUGUUAACGUUAGACUAUGAAAUCGCCAAUGAAAAACCCAUGAGAUGGUCACUGUGUGGCUUACACAAAGCUGAAACUCAUGUAGAGCCUAUAGACUGGAGACUGUAGGGUUGCACUUGGCCUGUGGUUUAUUAUGACAACAAUCAAUCAAGCCUUUUAAAAGUGAUAUUCAGAGGAAUUAAAAUCUUAUAAAGGAAUGGGAAGUUUUUUUUUUAAUAAAACUAAUAGGGCCAAACAGUUUGAACAUGUCAUUCUAUAGACUAGAGCUUCUUAAAUGGGUUUCAUUGAAUUAUAAGCUCAUUUAUCCAUAACAACAAAACAGUGUGCAGUAUUAUUCAUGAGGCAUCUAGUCAGUUCAGGGUUUUGUGUAUCUCUUCAUGGAUUACUAGUUUUUUUUAAAUAUACAGUUCUGUGUAAAAGAAACUGAAGUUAUUUCUGAACAAAGUUUAAUCUGUUUUUGGUCAUUUGGAAGAUAUUUCAAGAUGCUGCAGUAUUAAAGAGUUAUUAAUUAUUAUUUAAUAAUACUUAGAGUUUUACACUUUAUGGAUGUUUGAAUGUUUUGGUUUCAAUACUGCAUAAACAGAAUAAACUUUUUUUC